CCACGUCAUUUCGGGAAUCACCACGGUCGAACUGUGAACGGGCAAAUGCCGCCUCUGUCUGCCUCAAUCCGACCGCCCCAAUGAGGCGGCGUCCUACGAACAGUGGCUGCUGCCGCCAGUUCCGGCCACUGUCACCUCCUCAACCUCCGUAGAAUCGGCCACUCGUCUUCUCUAUAGCGCGAAAACUGCCAUGGACGUAGAUCUCCAUUACUGUAUCCGCCUACUCCAGUCCUGCACCACACGGCCCUCAAUCCGUCAAGUCGGGCAGCUCCACCCCCUCCUCUUGAAGAAUGGCCUCUUAAGUUCAGCCGUCACGGUUGCAAACCGGCUCCUUCAAUGGUAUGUCCGGUGCGACGGUAUGAUCGAAGCACGCAGAGUGUUCGAUGAAAUGCCGCACAGAAACCGCUUCACCUGGAAUGCACUCAUAGAAGGGUGCACGAAAUCAGGGGAUUUGACAGGUUCGAUGGAGCUGCUCAGAGCAAUGCCAGACAGGGAUGAGUUCUCGUGGAAUGUAGUUAUUUCUGGUUUUAUCAAGUCAGGCGAUCUUGCUAAUGCCCGAGCCUUGUUCGAUGAGAUGCCCAGGAAAGACGGUGUCACGUGGAAUUCCACAAUUCACGGUUAUGCGCGAAAUGGGUUCUAUGGAGAGGCAGUUAGGCUGUUCAGGGACAUGAUUUUCGAUCCUAUGGAAAGGAGAAAAGCUGACUCCUUUGUCUUUGCAACGAUUUUGAGAGUUUGCACAGAUAGAGAAGAUAUUGAAAGCGGGAAGCAAAUCCAUGCUCGUGCUUUUACUUCUGGUAUCGAAUUUGACUCAGGACUGGCUAGUUCUCUUAUAAACUUGUACGUGAAAUGCAGAGACUUGGAUAGUGCAACUCGAGUUGUGAACUCUUUGCAUAAUCCUGAUGACUUCUCUUUGUCAGCAAUCAUCUCAGGGUACGCUGGUUUGGGCAGGAUGGGGGAGGCAAGACGAAUCUUUAACAGGGCUACUAACCCAUGUGCAGUCGUGUGGAAUUCUCUAAUUUCGGGCCAUGUCUAUAAUAAUGAGGGAAUCGAAGCCUUAGCUCUAUUUAAUCAAAUGCGUAAGACUUCAGUUUCCGAAGACUCCUCUACACUGGCCACUAUCUUGGGUGCCUGCAGCAGUCAAGGUUUCAUCGAACAGGGCAAACAAGUUCAUUCUCAUGGAACCAAGAUGGGGUUCGUGAAAGACAUUGUUGUUGCUAGUGCUCUUAUAGAUAUGUAUCACAAAUGCGGAAGCCCUAACGAUGCUUGCAAGUUUUUUAGCGAGCUUGGAGCUUACGAUGACACCAUCUUACUGAAUACCAUGAUAACUGCAUACUCCAGCUCUGGGAAAAUCGAAGACGCAAGAAGGGUAUUUGAUUCAAUCUCUUGUAAGAGCUUGAUUUCUUGGAACUCAAUGAUCGCAGGCUUUGCUCAGAACGGGUGUUCGAUUGAAGCAUUGGAUCUUUUAUGCGAGUUGAAUAGGUUGGGCCUGAAAAUGGAUAAGUUCAGUCUUGCUAGUGGAGUGAGUGCCUGUGCUAGUAUUUCUGCUUUCAAUCUUGGGGAGCAGAUCUUCUGCAGAGCUUUCAUCAUUGGACUCGAGUCUGAUUCAGUUGUUUCAACCUCUCUCAUUGAUUUCUACUGCAAGGGCGGUUUUGUCGAGAUUGGGCGAAAGAUUUUUAAUGGAAUGACAAAAUCCGAUGAAGUCCCUUGGAAUACAAUGCUCAUGGGGUAUGCCACAAAUGGUCACGGAAUGAAAGCCUUGAGUUUGUUCAAUGAAAUGACAUGUGCUGGUUUGAGACCCACUGGCAUUACUUUCACGGGAGUCCUGUCCGCCUGUGAUCACUGUGGACUGGUCGAAGAGGGAAAGAAAUGGUUUGAUGUGAUGAAACGGGACUAUUAUAUUGAUCAUGGACUUGAGCACUACUCUUGCAUGGUGGAUCUCUUAUCUCGUGCUGGUAGGCUCCACGAAGCGGUGAGUCUUCUAGAACAAAUGCCUUUUACUGCAGAUGCUACUAUGUGGUCAUCAGUGCUGAGGGGUUGUGGGGUUAACGGGGAUAAAAUUCUUGGGGAGAAGGUGGCAGAGAGAAUUAUGGAGCUUGAUCCGCAGAACUCAAGCGCUUACGUCCAGUUAUCAGCCAUGCUUGCAGAGUCCGGGGACUGGGAAAGAUCGGCUAUGGUGAGAGAUGUGAUGAAAGGGAUGCGAAUACAGAAGAGUCCGGGUUUCAGCUGGGCUGAAUGUUGAACCGGAGAGGCUUCUGCUCAGAUAAUAUACCAUAUACAUUCUUAACAUUUACAUUCACAUUCUCAAAAACCGAGGAAGCUCGCCGUCUGUUGGAUCGAGCUGACAAUUUCUCUCAUAAUGCAUCUUUCUGGAGAUACAGGCCAAUUUCUGUAUAUAUUUUGUCGGUUCGAUCAAACAAAGCAUGGAGAGCCUGCAGAAUACAGUAUGCUUGUGUAGCGCUGCUUUACAGCCCUAUCGGAGCACAGAUCAAUUACGUAACAUAGUCAAUUAAAUGUAAAUUUAUCUCUAAUACUUGAAUUUAUGUAUAUAUAUAUAUAUAUUUAGCAUUUGUGUC